AUGUGGACCGACGGCGCCUCUUUUUUUGAAAACCUCUGCACCGACAUGGCACGGUCCACACGUCUUUGUCUCCUUCCCCUGCAGCUGGGUCACGUGCGAAAACUUUGUGGGAAUCCUUUUUCUUGACGGAAUCAGAAAAGUUAUCUGAAAUUUCGAACGUGAUAGUUAAUUACAUCUUUUUGGAUAUAUUUCACGCUCUCGAAUUUUCUUUAUCUUGCAGACUUGCUAGAUUUUUUUUUCUGAUUUUUAUUUACCUAUAUUUUGCUUCAAAUUUCAUCAGAUUCCCUUUAAAGAUAUAAUAUUUUAUACAGUUGCUCUGCAGUGGAGGGAAAUUCAGUUUUCGAAGAACCGCGUCCGAUAUUUAUUAACUUUGGAUUAAAAAAUUCAAAGUUUCAGAGCUAGAAUACUGAGCUGAGCUGGUCCCUCUGUUCUCCUCUCUUUGUUCACUAUGGGUUGUGAUUUGAUUCACAACAAAAAACUUAUUUUUGAAACUAAAAAAAUACGGCGAUGUGCUUAUAUAAGUGAAGUAUCCUUUACAACAGUAGCUCGUGAAAUUAGUUUUAUUUCUAUGAUUAUAUUCUCAAUAAUCCUUCGAAUCCAUCAUUUUAAACGUCAAAUUCGGCGCGAAAAUUUUAGGCCCUGCAAAAGAAAGGCACUCUGGCGGCUAGAGUGUGCCACGUAGGAUACUCCGCCUUCGUCGUCUUCGAAACCCCGCCCCGUUUCACAGAGUACAACGAGCCCUCCGGAUACACUCGUUUGUACGUAUUUUCGCCUCGUCUCUUCUUCUGA